AUGGAUUGGCUGGGGAAACCACGCUCGUCGCCAUGGUCGGAGCUCCCGGCGGAUCUUGGCGGUCUCAUCCUGCGCCUGCUGCCGUGCCACAUCGACCGCCUCCGCUUCAGGAGCGUCUGUCGCCAAUGGCGCCUGGUCGAGCGGCAGCAGCGGCCCCACUUGCCGCCGGCGCUGCCCCUCAUCUGGUUGGGCGGCCACGCCUUCCUAAGCCCUGCCGGCGGCGAGCUGCGCCGCUUCCGUACGGACGACGUGGACGUGCUGCGCCGCAUGUUCCCCAGCUGCCACGGCUCCUUCGACGGCUGGCUCCUGUACCAGCGGUACGGCGAGGACUCCAAGUGCUUCUUGGUCAACCCUCUCUCCGGAGCCACCAUUGAGAUGCCACUCUCGCUUGACAACGGCGCGAAGAUCAUCGUGUGCUCACCCGACCUCGUAACCGCCAUCCUCUGGAGCAGCUCCGUCGCGUUCUACCGGCCCGGCGCCCUUUCAUGGUCGGCUUGUCCGUCGGACCGCCGUGCAAGAGGGUUGUACGUGGACAUCGCCCUGCACCGCGGGAAGCUCUACGCCCUCAACAACGAGGAUGGACUCUUCGUUCAUGAUGUCAGCGCCGCCGCCGCCGCCGCCGUACCGAAGGCGUCCCGCGUCGUCGAGCAUGCGAUCACGCCACAGCCUCCCGCGGUGGCGAAUCGAAGAGGGCUUCUCCUGAUGCGGCGCUACCUCGUCGUGUCUUGUGCAGGCAAGCUACUCUUGGUGAAGUGGAUGGUUCCUUCUCGUCGUGAUCCUGACAACAGCAGGAGCGCCGCCUCGUCUUCCAAUGCUACUGACCGGGUCGUGCUGAAGGUAUUUGAGGCGGAUCUGGAGAAGGGUCGGUGGACGGAGGUGAACAGCUUGGACAAUGGCGAAGCCCUCUUCGUCGGCGGGGGUUGUUCCAAGGCUGUCAGAUUGACAGGCAAAGAUCGGAGGUUUCGGGAGAAUUGUGUUUACGUUUUGGGCCAUGAUUUCUUCGGAUAUUGCUAUAAGGCCAUGCCAAGCUAUGGUUCCUAUGACCUAAGGAGCGGCACAAUCAGUGAAGUUGCCCUAGGCAGAAUGCAGGUUGUAUGGCCUAUCUGGAGUAUGGAAUGGUUCUUUCCACAGGAGCAAGCUUAA